AUGUUUGCUGUCCGCGCCAAAACACCUUACACGGAUGAUGAUGAUGAUGAUGAUGAUGAGGAUGAUGAUGAUGAUGAUGAUGAUGAUGAUGAUGAUGAUGAUGAUGAUGAUGAUGAUGAUGAUGAUGAUGAUGAUGAUGGAAAGAUGGUUUCGAUGGUUGUUUUCACGAAAGUUUGCCUCUUACAUAUAUCAAUUACACCUGAAUUGUUGCCGGAAUUUGAACGUACGUUAACUAGACUACCUCAGCAAUUAAUUAUGUCUCUGCAAGCUUUCCACCGAUUGUGGUGACAGAAGUUUUGGUUUUUCUAGAGAUCGGAUUUCGUUAUACGCCGACAAAUGGCCUGAAGUGUAAUUUGUCUACACUUAUAAAAACACGCCAAAAGAGCCAGUUAUCGUGAGACGUGGGGCAGCACAUUCCUAUUUAACGAGAUUAUUUGUGUCCCUAAACGUUUGUGCCAAUUGGCUGCACUCAUUAGGAUGUUGUCUAACCUGAAAGAGGAACGGGAAUUGUUUAAAAGCGUCAUCGUUUAGGCCCUACAUGUGCAUAUAGACUACAUUGGGCUUCUUACCGACCAAAAGUAUUUAAUUGAUUAUUGAUGUACAGGGCAGACUGACUGCUUAAUACUUCCUCUGCGUCGAUACUGGCAGGGCACAAACUUGAAAUUUGUGCUUUAAACACAAGAAAACGUUGACACUUCCUUUGGAGUUUGCCGAAGGAUCACUUGGUUAACCAAGCUAUCUCUCAUGUUGCCGAGUCAGCAAUCUCAUUUUUCCUAUUUUACUUACUCAACAGCUCCGUUAUGACUGUACACAGCGACCUCCUGCCAAAAAUUUGAGUGGCAGUCAGCGCUUUUGGAAGAACAGAAGCGCGGGUGGGGUCGAAAUAGAAAGCGCAGAAUAAAAAGUCAUUCCUGGCAUUUUUGACAUUUUACCGGGUCCGGCAUACGGAUUCUGUUCAAAAAGAAAGAUAUAUUUUAUUUUUUUAAAGAAUUGGCAUAUUAAAAUGGGACAGGAUGCCGUAAAUGCAGAACCAUGAAGAUUUUCAUGAAUAUCCUCUCGAUCCCUCCUUUUAUUUUCCCAUACAGAUAUUUAA